GAAGGCGGAGGAUGCUGCGGACCCGGAGCCGAGAGGAAGGUGCUGGCUCGGUCCUCUAAGCGCGCCUCGAGGUGUGCCGAGAGGCCCUUCUUCGUUCCCGAAGCCGUCUGCCGGGCGAAGGCGUCCAGAGCAGGCGAGAGCAGCCGCCGCCCCGACCCGGCCCAGAGCCUCGGCCCGACACCAUGUCCUCCGCCAGGUUCGACUCCUCAGACCGCUCCUCCUGGUACAUGGGGCCGGUGUCUCGCCAGGAGGCGCAGAACCGGCUCCAGGGCCAGCGCCACGGCGUGUUCCUCGUCCGCGACUCCUCCACCUGCCCCGGGGACUAUGUGCUGUCGGUGUCCGAGAACUCGCGAGUCUCCCACUACAUCAUCAACUCACUGCCCAACCGCCGUUUUAAGAUCGGGGACCAGGAGUUUGACCACUUGCCGGCCCUGCUGGAGUUCUACAAGAUUCACUACCUGGACACCACCACCCUCAUCGAGCCUGCGCCCAGGUAUCCAAGCCCACCAAUGGGAUCUGUAUCAGCACCCAACCUGCCUACAGCAGAAGAAAAUCUGGAAUAUGUACGGACUCUGUAUGAUUUUCUUGGGAAUGAUGCUGAAGACCUGCCCUUUAAAAAAGGUGAGAUCCUGGUGAUAAUAGAGAAGCCUGAAGAACAGUGGUGGAGUGCCCGGAACAAGGACGGCCGGAUCGGGAUGAUUCCCGUCCCUUAUGUUGAAAAGCUCGUGCGAUCCUCACCACAUGGAAAGCAUGGAAAUAGGAAUUCCAACAGUUAUGGGAUCCCAGAACCUGCUCAUGCAUAUGCUCAACCUCAGACCACAACUCCUCUACCUGCAGUUUCCAGUACUCCUGGGGCAGCAAUCAACCCAUUGCCGUCUACACAGAAUGGACCUGUCUUUGCAAAAGCAGUCCAGAAAAGAGUUCCCUGUGCUUAUGACAAGACUGCCUUGGCAUUAGAGGUUGGUGAUAUUGUGAAAGUCACAAGGAUGAACAUAAAUGGCCAGUGGGAAGGUGAAGUGAAUGGGCGCAAAGGGCUUUUUCCUUUUACGCACGUCAAAAUCUUUGACCCUCAAAACCCAGAUGAAAAUGAGUGAUUGCCGUUGGCCCUGUUUUCUACUGCUUAGUUAUUCUGUCCGUCAUAGUCUCCUUUGAGGGAAAGCAUUCUAUUUCAUAGGCAAGUUACACUGCAUUGCCGAAGUCCAGCUUUCUGCAGACUGGCGGUCUCAUACAUGUUUGGAAUGCACACAGUGGCUGCCUCGGCAUUUGUAUCAUAGUUGUAUUGUCAAAGAGUAGCGGAAUUUAGAGUUCUUUUGGAUCAUAAACUGGAAAUACUGGUGGAAGCACACAAAUGGAAAGAAGUUGACGAGGGAAGGGUCCUUCUCAUCACUGCCCUGUUGUACUUGUGAUUGAUUCUGUCAUGUUCAUCAGAGAAAGCUUGAGGCCAUGGCGAGACAUUGCACAUUACUGUUCCACAAAGCAGCGGCUCAGUUCUAGUUUGUUUUUUCUUUAAAGAGCAGAGCAAGUGAACCUUAAAGAAGAGGAAAUUCUGUCCUAAACUCCCCAUAUCUGGCUCUUCUCUUUUUUUCUUUUGGUUUGGUUUUGGAAGACUUAAUUAGACUUGUGUGUUCUGAACAGGCUUUUAAAUAGCACAUUGGAUUUUUGUGAUAUCACAAGGAAUGACACCUGCCUCUCAGCUUCCAAACUGAAGCUACUGUAACUGUGGAAAUGAAAAUACAAACCUGAAAUGGAGGCCUGUAUUGUCUUGGUUGGCAGUGGUAUCUUUUAGCCAUAUAGCAAACAACACCAAAAAAAUCAGCAGUCAUGGUGUGCCAAGCUGUGUGGGCAGCUUCUUGGAUUACAUUGUCCCCAACAGCAACAAUAUGGAGGGUGGUUUGGGGAAACCUUUGCCCACCUUCCCACCUUAUUUGCCAAUGACAGAAGCAUAUGGGGAGGGGGGUUCUUGGCCAGUUUUCUGUCCUGUGGUUCAGUGAAUAAACCCCUUUAAGGUAUAA